AUGAGUACUAACUCGAGUAGUCCCGACCUCAGCAAUAUAGAAGCAGGCUUUGGCGAGCCCGCUUUUGACAGCAAAGACGAUACUUUAGUUGUAACAACCCCUGCUUCAGGAGGUUCACCCAAGUCGAAUACUCUUGAUCUUGGUAUUGUUUCCGAUUUACUCAAGCACCAAGGCCAGCAAGCUGCCUAUACUUUCGAAGAGAAAGGAAAGUGGCGCGAUGAUACUCCCAAGCUACCGUAUCAGCUAAAGCACAAGCGAAAUACGUUCAAGCCAGCUGGGAGCUGGAUUCGGUUUCAGCUAUGGUUCAAUACAUACAGAAAGUUCUGGGUAUUUAUUGUAUCUCUCGAGCUGGCUGGCAUGAUUGCCGCUGGGGCCGGGAAAUUUCCGUACGCCCACAGCAAUACGGGUGGAAUCGUAAUCGGGAACAUUCUCGCCGGAGUUGUAGUUCGAAAUGAACUAUUUGGGCGACUCUUGUAUUUAUUGGUCAACGCACUCUUCGCUAAGUGGACUCCCUUAUGGUGGCGGUUGUGCUGCUCAUCCGUACUCCAACAUCUUGGGGGGAUUCAUUCCGGUUGUUCCGUCUCCGCGAUUGGGUGGCUUAUAUACAAUUUAGUGGAACUGUUUAAAAACCGGUCUGCAGUUGCUCCAGCGGUUCUAGCUAUGGGAGCUACUGUUUUGGUUACAGUUGCAUUUACUGCGGUCGCUGCGACACCUUGGAUAAGAAACACACAUCACAAUAUUUUCGAACGCAAUCACAGGUUCCUGGGGUGGUUGUCCGUGACUGUUACCUGGGUGUACAUUAUUAUCGACAACGGAUAUCGCAACUCACGAGUCUGGGGAAUCUACAGUUAUUCAUUUGCUCACCACCAGGAGCUCUGGUUAUCGAUUUUCAUGGCUUUGGCUGUAGCAUUACCUUGGACGUAUACACGCAAGGUCCCGGUCCAUAUCGAGAUCCCAUCACAAAAAGUCGCGAUCAUACGAUUCGAGCGUGGAAUGCAACAAGGCCUAUUGGGACGUAUCUCUCGUACCGCGAUCUGGGAGUAUCACACGUUUGGUAUUAUCAGCGCAAGCCCCUAUUCAAACUACCAUUACAUGAUUUGCGGCGUCCAAGGUGAUUUCACUCGCCAGUUAGUUGUCGAUAGACCAACCCAUUUGUGGACCCGAGAAGUGAAGUUCGCAGGCGUUGGAAAUACAUCGACAUUGUAUAAACGCGGAAUCAGAAUAUGCACUGGUACUGGAAUUGGGGCUGCGCUCUCAACAUGCUUGCAGUCUGACCAAUGGUUUUUGAUUUGGAUUGGCUCGGAUGCCAAUGCAACGCUCGGUCCGACUAUUAUGGGGUUGAUUGAACGUGGGGUUGGGCAUCGCGCGAUUAUGUGGGAUACAAAGAAAUUCGGGCGUCCUAAUACUAUGGAAUUGCUGGCUGAAACAUUUUCUUUAUGGAAAGCUGAGGUCGUUUUCAUCACGUCAAAUUGGCAAGGGAAUCAAGAAAUGAUGCAAGGCUGCAAGAUGCGUGGGAUACCAGCUUUCGGUGAGUAG